GUCAACCACGCCCAAUUUUUUCCCUUCCGCGGGGCCAAUGCCAAGACUUCCGAGUCAUCGCAAUAUUUGUUUCAGACCUCAUAUUCGGUAUCUUUAUCUUCCCUUUCCUGAUAGUACCAUUCAUUAUCUUUUUUCCCAUCCACUCGGAAUAGUGACCGGAAGUAUAGGUCGAUUUCUGUUUCAUCACACAUUUGAAUCCUCUGCUAGCCUUCCCACUCAUUGGUGUCUUAUCGAGGGUCACGGGUAGAACAAGAACCAAGAAGGAAAGUGAGAAGGAAAAGCGAAUCAAAAAAGAAAAAAAAAGGCAAACCAGGAGAGGAAAGAAGAGAAGAAAGGGAACAGAAAACACUAUCGCAAUGGCUUCAUCAUCCUUCGUCAUCAAAACGCCCUGCUCCUCGGCCAACAUCGGCCCUGGAUUCGACGUGAUUGGCCUGGCUCUAUCCCUUCACCUGGAGCUUCGUGUCACGGUCGACUCCUCCCAAUCCUCGUCGCAACAUCCCCUCAACUGCGUGAUCACGUAUGACGACCAAAGCCAAAGUACUGAGAAGAUCAGCCUAGAUCCCGAGGUCAACCUGAUCACUCGUGUAGCUCUAUACGUACUUAGGUGCCAUGACCUCCGGGCCUUCCCCGUGGAGACCCGCGUCCAUAUUGUAAACCCCAUUCCCCUGAGCCGUGGCCUCGGGUCGUCUGGCACGGCGGUGGUGGCUGGUGUGAUGCUGGGGAAUGAAGUAGGUCGUCUGGGCUUAAGCAAGGACCGCUUGCUGGAUUAUUGUCUGAUGAUAGAACGUCACCCCGAUAACGUUGCCGCCUCGCUCUUCGGAGGCUUCGUCGGAACUUACCUGAACGAACUCAAGCCCGAGGAUGUGGCCCGCAGGGAAAUCCCGCUGAGCGAGGUGCUUCCCGCCCCGGCUGGCGGAAUCGAUACGGGGAAACAGCCCCCGGAGCCCCCGCUGGGCAUCGGCCAUUACAGGAAAUUCCCCUGGGCUAAGGAGAUCAAGACCAUCGCCAUCAUCCCCAACUUUGUCGUUCCCACCGCCAACGCCCGAAACGUUUUGCCAACGUCAUACUCGAGGGCAGACGUCGUCUUCAACCUCCAACGCGCAGCGUUACUCCCGGCUGCUCUGGGCACCUCCCCGCCCGAUCCAGACAUGAUCUUCCUCGCCAUGCAAGACAAAGUGCACCAGCCCUACCGAAAGAACCUCAUCCCUGGCUUGACGGAAAUUCUCCAGUCCAUGACGCCCAAGACCCAGCCCGGCCUGCUGGGCAUCUGCCUUUCGGGAGCUGGCCCGACCAUCCUGGCGCUGGCCACGGAUCGGUUCACCGAGAUCGCGGACCGCAUCAUCGCUGGAUUUGCGGCGAAUGAUAUCUCUUGCAAGUGGAAGCUGCUUGAGCCUGCUCAGGAAGGUACCGUCGUGCAGUAUUAGGGGGUGGCUGUAUGGGUGUAGCUUGAGUGUGUCUGCUGGGGUUAGACCAAAUAGAGUGGUAUCUAGAAUGGGGAAGAUGCGAGAGAGACGGACUCUCAAUGUACAUUUUACAGAUAUGAAUGCUAUAUUAGAUGUUUUCUUGAAA